AAUAUGGUUAUCUGUAGUACUACAUUCCAGCACAAGAAAAUACAUCAAGCUACCUGGCUGUCUCCGGAUCUGAAAGCCACAAACCAGAUAGCUCAUGUUGUCAUAGACGUAAGACACGAGUUUUAGAUGUGCGUACACUCCGAGGUCCUAACAUUGACUUGGAUCACUACUUGUUGUAGUCAAGAUAUGCACCCGCAACAGUGCAGCAAAAAAAGGAAGGUUCAUCCUCGAAAAGUUGCAAUCAUUAGAGACAUCCAAACGAUUUUCUACUCGACCUGCGCUCUUUUUUCCUGAGAGCACUCACCAGCGACUCGGUAUAAGCGAAAUGUGGGACGACAUUUCAAGCUCCUUCCUCAAAGCUGCAAACGAAACCAUUGGUUUUUGGAAAAUACAAAAGAAUAGUUGGUACGAUGAGGAGUACCGUGUCGCAGCGGAGAGAAAGAAGACUGCCUACCUCGCAACGUUACAAUCGACCACGAUCGAGAUUGGAUAGAUACCGAGAGCUGAAGAAGGAAGCGAGACGCAUUUACAGACAGAAAAAGAAAGAGGCCGAAAUGCGUGAGUAUGAAGAGCUUCAUAAGCUGGCUGACAGGGGUAAUGCUCGAAAGUUCUACGAAAAAAUGCGGCGGCUUACAGAAGGUUUCAAGACCGAGGCAUACUCUCGUAGAACCCACAGAGGUGAACUAAAAACUGAUGCUCAGAGCAACGUAAAAUUAAGGAGGAUAUACAGGAUUGUACUUCUCUACGCUGCUCAAUGGCAGUGAAGGCAUAACCCCAUUAGAUGGCGAACCCGAUUCCUCAAUGGAUGACGAUCGAGCAAACGUUCCAUCGCCCGACCAUGAAUAAGUUCGAAUAGCACUUACCCGUCUGAAGAACAACAAAGAGGCGACAAUGGAUUGUCGGCCGAGCUAUUGAAACACGUCGGCAAAGAACUGAUAAGGAUCAUUCAUUAGCUUCUUUUAGAAUAUGAUCGGACGAAAGCAUGCGCGACGAUUGGCCGCAGUCCUUGUCCCGUCCAUCGCAUUUCUUGGACGGCGGUGAUGUCAGCCUUUAUUUUCACGACGACAUCAAGCAGCUGGGCAGCGGCACCUUCGCAAAUAAGACACCGGACAUUCCACGUGAAUGUCCUCAAAUCGUUAUUCUUAGUGCGUUUGCCAUGGUCGUCAUCAAAAACGGGUUUCUCUUCCGAGGCUGCUUUUUACUUUUCAUUAGUAGUGUUUUUUACGUGGCCGUGAUGUUUCAGCUUCUUCUUUUAGCUCGCCUUCGAACGGAUGAUUUUUGGCUACCCAGAGGAUACUUGGUAAAAAACCGGAUGUCGUGAGAUGUUUGAGCCAUAUGUAAAGUAAUGUUUCUGACCGCUCCAAAGUGAAUGGCAAUCAGAGAACUUUCCGCACUUGUGUGAAUUUCUACACAUGACUCCAUCACUCAACCUUAUGUGUUUAUGCACAUAUGUAUAAGAUAGUUACUUCAUAUGGUCUGGUUUCUUUCUCUCGAUAUUCGAGACUGAACGAGAAUUGAUACAAGUGAGAAGUACUUUACAGAAAAAAAAUUUCACCCGUUACUUGAAACUCUCGAUAUUCGUACUUAAUAUGAGUAUUUAAAAAAAAUAACCCUGGUCGGUCUAACACCGAGGUGUUCAUAGUUCUUUUGUGUCGAAUUUUUUUCUGCACUGAUUCAAAAAAAUAACCUUGGUCGGUCCAACUCCGGGGUGUUGUCGAUUAUAGUUUAGACUCGAAUAUCAAGAGUAUCGAUAACUCUAAAACGAUCAGUGCAUGACUCAAUAGAGCCCAUUCGAAUUUACAACAGUGGUGCCAUAAUAUCUGACCGUGAUUGUUUAAUAAGGUUUUUCAUGUUUUUUAUCAAAAAUGCGCCGGUGUUACUGAUAAAAAAAAAUCAACAGAAAUGUGUAAAUGAAUAACUGAAAGCCUGUCUUGAAUCGAUUAAAAUCAACUUUUACUCGAUGAUUUUGACAGUUGACGAAUUAAGAUAAUCACUAUAAGAUUACUUUUAAAAGCACAAUACAAAGUACCAAUCGAAGUGUUCCUUAUAAAUAGCCUCUUUCUGAUUGGACUAUAACAAUAUAAUGUUUAUAUUGCGGCCUGUAAUUGAUGUAUUGAACAAUUCUUUAUCAUGGCUCCCAGUUUGAUAUGGGCCUAUUGCACAAAAGUUAACAAUGGCAGUAAAUAAGUAAAGUGUGAUUUAUGUCAUAAACAGUUUUUGUUUAAUAAAAGCACAUCAACAAUGAUGAAGCACUUACAAUGUGCUCACAAGAUUGUUCCUCCGUCAAGUAAUGAAAAACAAACUCAGAAAAGAUUGAAUGACAGUCACAAUGAUUUCGAAGUUCAGCCUAAAAAAAUUUUAGUCGCUGUCGAAUCAUCUGUUCCAUCGGUUGCUUUGGUACCUCAAACUAAGUCAUCUGUUCAAGAAAAUACCACAGUACAAUCUCAGGUCCAAGGUCCUAUGGAUCGUUGUAUAAACAAUGCUAAUUCUUUUUCAGCUGGUGGACGUAGAUAUGAUCAAGCUACCACAGCUCUUUUACGAAUGAUCGCUGUUGAUAAUAAGCCUCUGUGUACCACAGAAAGACCAGGAUUCAGAAAAUUUAUUAAAACACUGCAACCGUUGUAUCACAUACCCUGUGAGCCAACUAUAACUAAUGCUAUAAGUCGUAAAUAUCAAGAUUUGUCGAAUAAAAUAAAACUUGAACUGCGACAGACAACACACAAUGAAAAGCUAUCUUGGCUUAACAGUUCACUAUCUGAAAGAAACUGAGAUGAAGACUGUUGAGCUGGGCGCUUAUCUCAUGGAAGAGAGGAAAACAAUAGAAAAUUUGAGCUUGAAAUUAAGAAAUAUAUGCAAUGACUGGGGUCUUGAUGAUAGUAAAAUAGCAGCAUUCGUUUCAGACGGGGGCGCAAACAUCAAAGGAGCUAUUAAAAGUGAGUUCGGCGAUGGGAAACACAUUUCAUGUUUUUGGACAUGUAAUAAAAAUAUUGAUCAGCGCCUUAUCGAAGUUAAUAUUACUCCACCUGCAUCUGAAUCUCAAAAUCAAGUUUCCGACUCGCUGAUGAAAAUGAUGCUAUUGACAAUCUUGAAGACUUAAUUACAGAUCAUACUGAGCAAUCGUCAUUGCGUGAGCUAUUGUCAAAAGUUAAACAAAUUGUCACAUUCUUUCGACAAAGUGAAAGAGCGACUACAGAGCUUCUGAAAUUACAGAAGGACAAGCCUGAAAAUUCUCGUCUGAAAUUAAUUCAGGAAGUGCGAACGAGAUGGAACUCCUGUUUUGAAAUGGUUGACCGUUUCAUUGUGCUUGCUGAUCAUGUCAGUAAAGUGCUUUUACAAGUGAAGAUGGACAAAUCUUCGAAAGUGAAGCCACCUAACAUGAUCACAGGUGAGGAAAUCGAUGCGUUAGUAGAAGUUCGUGACAUCUUAAAACCUCUCUUGCAAAUAACUCAAGAAGUUUGUUUUGAGAAAUGUGUAACAUUGAGCAAGUGCAUUCCUUUGAUUUCAAGUCUUAGAAAAAAGAUUGAAGAGUUAACGCCAGAAACUUUAAUUGGGCGACAUUUAAAAAAGAGAAUGGUUCAAGACAUCGAAACAAAAUACGGCAAUAUUGAAUCUGUAAAACUGUACGCUUGUGCAACAUUGGUUGAUCCUCGUUAUAAAAAGUUUGGUUUUCAAAGUAUUCGGAAUUCUGCACGAGCGGUAACUAAUCUGAUCUAGUCAAGACAGAACGAAAAUUAGCAUUGGCAGCAACGGUGGCAAAUAUUAACCCUCAAGAUGAGAUAUUAGCUAUUCAAGGUCCGGAAUCUCAGAAAACGAACGAUGACAAUGAUGAUUUAUGGUCUUAUUUUGAUAACACUGUGAGUUGUAGUUCCAAUCUUGCAGAUUCUGAUGAGGCUGGAGGAUUACCAAUACAAUUACGACAAUAUGUGACACGCCCGGCUGUCAAUCAGAAACAAAAUCCUAAUCCGUUCACUGUGUGGGAAAGUAUGAAAUAUGAAUAUCCGUAUCUAUGGAAUGUAGCUAAAAAGUACUUGCCAAUAGUUGCAACGUCUGUACCCUGUGAGCGAUUAUUUUCACAUGCAGGACUUAUCGCAAAUCAGUUGAGGAGUCGCUUAUCACCUCAGCACAUUAAUGAGCUAAUAUUUUUAAGAUCAAUCGGCGAAGAAAUGUGGUUUUCGUAGUUAUUUAUUUUUAAAUUAUUUGUUUUUUAAUUAAAAAAAAAGCAAAUUUAUUAUCCAAUACCAAAAUGUAUGCGAUGAAAUCAUAAAGUACUUUUUAUAAUAUGUU